AAUAUCUAACACAGGAUCCCACUUUACAACAAAGUCCUCUUUUACAACAUUUUCCUUCAUGUUAUUAUGAUUUGUGACAUCACAACUAGUUUGGAGCCAAUCAGGGUUCAGUAUUCAACUUAUACAAGAGUGAUGUGGAAACUUGAAGCCUCCGGAAAUGAAAAAUAUUUGCAGAGUGAAGGAGAAGAUUUACCCUUUUAAGGAUUUUAGUGUGGUGAUACUUUUUUGGUGGAAACCAUAUCAGACACACAUCAUUAUUCCAAGCAGAGUAUUUUUAUAUGUCUUAAAACAUGUCUGGAGGAGAUUUUUGAUAAAUACGUUGUGUCUUGUGCUUCCAGUCAGUCAGGUGACUCUUCUGUUAUAAUAAACACAGACAAUGAUGUGUCUUUAAGCACUUUAAGUGUCUAAACAUAACCAUAAAAAAGUGAAAAUGAACAGAGAAUCUACUGCAAGAUCAGAUAUUUGGCUGGCAAAAAAACCCCAAAAACAUCACUGAAGAAUAUCAGUAACAGCAUCAAAAUGUUUGCCAGAUACAUUAAUUAGCAACAUUUUCUCAUUUUGUUGACAUAAAAUAUAAUUCAGGCCGUAUUAUGUUUACUUCAAAAGUAUUUACUGUUGUAAUUUAGUCAUAUAUAAAUGUAAUUUCUAGAAGACAGGAUUGCUAACCUUAACCUGCCAGUUCCUAAACAUAAGCAUAAAAAAGCUUAAUAACACUGUAGUCUGUACAAGGUGAUAUUAUAUUGCAAGAUUCAGGAAAAAAAUAAAUAUGUUUGUAUGUAACUUGCAAUAUUUUCUCAUUAUGGUGACAGUAAAUGUAAUCCACACUUCCUUCGAAAUGUAUUUGCUGUUGCAGAUUUGCAGCAUAUAAAUGUAAUUUCUAUCAGACAGGGUUGAUGCAUAAUGACCGGCAUGUCUGAGCAUAAAUGUACAUGGUAUCAGAACAGCUACAGGCUAAACAUUGAUGAUCUGAUUGGUUGUUGUAUCAUUGGAUCUGCAGCUGUAUGUGUGUCCACAGAACCAGGACUCAUUGGAAAAACUCUCUCAUCUCUCCAGCACUGAGAGGUAGUUAAAAAGCUUUACAGUGGAAAGAGAUUCACUCUGAGAUUGUGACGUCUCUGGAUGUUGUUGGGGCUGUUUUGGCCUUUUUAAAGCACCUCUUGAACCCUUUUUUUCCUCACGUUAUUUACCAGUAAUCCUCCGCUCCAGGAUUACUUUUCACUACUCUAUGUGGCUGCGUGUGUGUGUGCGGUUGUGCGCAUGAGUGUGUUCGCAUGGCUGCACUCAUGUGACUGUCCUUCACAGUCAGUGAUCAGGCUUCAGGGACUAGUUAGCGAUCAGAAAUGACAUCUAUCGAUCAGCCUAGAAAACUCCCCCAAAUCAGCUUUAGGAAGAGAAACCGACGUCACGAGCAGGAACAGGAACACUGAUCAGUUCAUCAUGUACGCAUAACAUUAACAAGAGUAUAUCUGGGUGUCACUGGUGCACAGAAACGAAGAGCUAAAAGAUGCUUAGUACUUUGGUUUUUGCUUUAUGGUGGCAGUAAACUGAAUUGAUAACCUUAUAUUAUCCACAUUCAUUCAUACUGAACUGAGGAAAUAUUGGAAGCAGGGAAGGUUUCUAUCAUAUAUGUGUAUCCUCAGUGGCUCUAGAUUGGUGUUGUGUGAAUAUAGUACACAAAAAACACAAUUUAUCAUACAUACAAUAAUUUUUAAAAUCUAAAAUCCUUUUUUAACAAAACGAUGGUAGCAGCAGUUUGUUGGGAAUGUUGGGAAUUCCUGUCCGUUUCCUUUGGUCUCCGUGGUUUGUGCUGCAGUCCGGCCCUGAGGGGGCUGUUGGGGUUUUCCAUUGAGUUUUCCUCUUGUCAUCCAUUGAUCCGUUGAGGUUACAGUGGCACAUGCAUCGCCAUGUGGGCCGACAGCUAACAGUCGGUGCGAGGCCUGGAGGACUCCCUGAUUAAAGAAAUCAGAGAAAUAUAAUUUUCCGAUCAAGCGUGACGGUUUAUUUCUGCUGACGGAGGAUCAAAGAGAGAAGGAGGGUGGUGGUCGGUUUUCUCUCCUUCAUCCAUAUUUUCUCAGUAAACCUCCUCCUCCUUGUUUCUGUAUGUUUUAUUCAGGAUGGAUCAUCAUGACGGGCAGCGAGGGCGAAGAGGUCAUCGACGCUACGACGACGAUGAUGAGGCCCAGCCGGUCUACAUCGGUGUUCCAGUUUCCCACAGACGUAAAAGGCGCAGACAUCACUCCUAUGCCAGUGACGCCGAGCGUGAAUCACGUCACUCACACUAUGAACACCACACACACCGUGAACACUCACACCGGGGAUAUUACCACGACAGAGAGGAGCACUACGACGAUGAUGAAGGCAGCACAGACCAUCAUGAACUCGUUGAUCCCACAGUGUCUCCUGCAGCGGAGCGGCUGCGUCACAUACUGGGGGAAGAUGACAGCACCCCGACACCCACACUCUUCACUGAGAUGGACACACUACAGCAUGAGGGGGAUGAAUUAGAGUGGAAAGAGUCUGCAAGGUGGGUGAAGUUUGAGGAGAAGGUGGAGGAAGGAGGAGAAAGAUGGAGCAAGCCUCAUGUGUCCACGCUGACCCUCCACAGCCUGUUUGAGCUCAGGACUUGUCUGCAGACUGGAAGCAUUCUGCUGGACCUGGAUGGAUACUCACUGCCACAGAUAGUGGAGGAGAUCGUGGAUCGGCAGAUAGCUGACGGUCUCGUUAAUCCGGAUCUGAAGGAGAAGAUCAUCUUCGUGUUGCUCAGGAAGCACCGUCACCAGACCAAGAAGCCGAUCCACCGCUCGCUGGCAGACAUGGGAAAGUCCUCCAACACUGCUACCAACCGUAGUCCUCAGACUAAUCUGAGUCGUAGUACUAGUUCAGCUUCUGGGAUCCAUCGCUCCACAGAAGACCUACGCUCUCGGCAGUCAAGCAGCCUUGGCCGCCUGCAUCCUUCCCAGAGCCGAAGCAUGAACGAUAUUUCAGACACACCGAGCACAGAUCAGCUGAAGAAUAAAUUCAUGAAGAAGAUCCCUCGUGAUGCUGAAGCGUCCAACGUCCUGGUUGGUGAGGUGGAUUUUCUGGACAAACCGUUCGUCUCCUUUGUUCGUUUGGCUCAAGCCACAACUCUGGGAGGCCUCACCGAGGUCCCCGUACCCACCAGGUUUCUCUUCAUCUUGCUGGGUCCUCAUGGCAAAACCAAGUCCUACAACGAGAUCGGCAGAGCUAUCGCUACACUCAUGGUGGAUGAUCUGUUCAGUGAUGUUGCAUAUAAAGCAAGGGACCGUGACGACCUGAUCGCAGGUGUUGAUGAGUUUCUGGACGAGGUGAUCGUCCUUCCUCCAGGGGAAUGGGACCCCAAAAUACGCAUCGAACCUCCGAAGAAGGUUCCAUCAGCAGAUAUGAGGAAGUCAGUGCUGAACCUGAACGAGCUGGGUCAGAUGAACGGCUCGGCUGGUGGGGCAGCUGGAGGAGAAGAUGAGGAGCUUCCAGCUCAACAUGAGCUCGGAGAGGAGCUGAAAUUCACUGGGAGGGUUGGUGGUGGAUUAUGGCUGGACAUCAAAAGGAAGAUGCCAUUUUAUUGUAGUGAUAUCUACGAUGGCUUCCAUAUCCAGACCAUCUCUGCUGUGCUCUUCAUCUACCUGGGCACCGUCACCAAUGCCAUCACCUUUGGAGGACUGCUAGGAGAUGCUACCGAUAAUUACCAGGGUGUGAUGGAGAGUUUCCUUGGCACAGCUUUAGCAGGGACUGUCUUUUGUGUGUUUGGUGGCCAACCUCUCAUCAUCCUCAGCUCUACUGGACCCAUUCUUAUCUUUGAGAAACUGCUUUAUGAAUUCAGCAAGAAUAAUGGUAUAGACUACAUGGAGUUGCGUCUGUGGAUUGGCAUUCACUCGUGUCUGCAGUGUUUCUUGUUGGUACUGUCAGACGCCAGCUACAUCAUCCAGUACAUGACGCGCUUCACCGAGGAGGGGUUCUCCAGCCUCAUCUCCUUCAUAUUCAUCUCUGAUGCCAUUAAGAAGAUGGUAGGAUCCUUUAAGUAUUACCCAAUCAACCGUGGCUUCAAGCCUGAUUACAUCACUUCCUACAGGUGUGAAUGCAUCGCUCCGGACCAGGCAUCUGCGCUGGGCUUGAAUGUUUCAGUUCCACUCGCAGAUGAUAACAUGACUAUGCUGUUUAACUUGACAGACCUGGACUGGAGUCAGCUGAGUAAGAAAGAGUGUGUGAAGUAUAGCGGUACGCUGGUGGGGAACUCCUGUAAGUAUGUUCCUGAUCUGGCCCUCAUGUCCUUCAUCCUCUUCUUUGGUACCUACUCCAUGACCGUUUCUCUCAAGAAGUUCAAGUUCAGCCGCUACUUCCCAACAAAGCUCCGAAACCUCAUCAGUGACUUUUCCAUCAUCAUUUCCAUCCUGGUCUUCUGUGGGUUGGACCUCCUGCUGGACCUGGAUACCCCCAAACUGCACGUACCCACUGAGAUCAAGCUGAGGAAGCUAAUCAGUGAUUUUGCCAUCUUCAUGUCAAUCAUGUCCUUUGUGGGUCUGGAUAUGUUGAUCGGGUUAGACACACCCAAACUAAUCGUUCCAACUGAGAUCAAGCCCACACGUCCUGACCGUGGUUGGCUGGUGAUGCCGUUCGGUAAGAACCCCUGGUGGUGGUACGUGGCCAGCUUCGUUCCCGCUCUCCUGGUCACCAUCCUCAUCUUCAUGGAUCAGCAGAUCAGCGCUGUCAUCGUCAACCGCAAGGAGAACAAACUGAAGAAAGGCUGUGGCUACCACUUGGACCUGUUCUGGGUGGGUAUACUGAUGGCCGUGUGCUCCUUCAUGGGUUUGCCCUGGUACGUCGCAGCCACCGUCAUCUCCAUCGCCCACAUCGACUCUCUGAAGAUGGAGAGUGAAUCUAGCGCUCCCGGAGAACAGCCCCAGUUCCUCGGGGUCAGGGAGCAGAGGUUGACCGGCAUUUUGGUGUUUGUUCUGACCGGAGUCUCAGUCUUCCUCGCUCCUGUUCUCCAGUACAUCCCGAUGCCGGUCCUCUACGGAGUGUUUCUCUACAUGGGAGUCGCCUCACUAAGCGGCAUCCAGUUCUGGGAGCGUAUCAAACUGUGUCUGAUGCCGGCCAAACACCAGCCAGACUUCUCCUUCCUGCGUCACGUUCCCCUGAGACGCGUCCAUCUUUUCACGCUGGUCCAGAUCCUCUGUCUGGCUGUGCUCUGGAUCCUCAAGUCAACCUUCUUGGCCAUCGUCUUCCCAGUAAUGAUUCUGGGUCUGAUGGUUGUACGUAAGCUGCUGGAUCUGAUGUUCUCACAACACGACUUGGCCUGGCUGGACGACAUCCUGCCAGACAAAGACAAGAAGAAGAAGGAGGACGAGAAGAAGAAGAAGAAAGAGAGGAGGGUGGUAGAGCCAGAGAGCGACGAGGAGCCCCAGAGCUCUGUCCCCCCUCCGGUGCAGAUCCCCAUGGAGGUCAUAGAGCCCCAAACAGAGCCAGACCCCACCCAUGUCAACCCCCCCACCCAAAACCAAACCUCCGACUGAGAUGAACCCGUACUCCACAGUCACAUCCGAUCAAAAUGAACUAGACCGCAGGUACUGUGUGCUGAAACUGCACGUGCCCUACAGUGAUCUGAUGUACUCACCUGACACAAACUCUGGCUGGGACAACACUGUCACUGCCAGACAACCAAACACAUAAACAAAAACAACACAGAAACACAUGUUUUUUGUUUUCUUUUUGUUCAGUUCUCAGCUGCUGCAUCACUUGUAUUUAUAUGAGUGUUGGAAAAUGUUUUAGAUAUUUUAUUUUGAAAUGCCAGAUUGUUUUUACACCGCAGGCAGAUAAGUUAAUGUGGGUAAUUCUGUGCACUUGCAUAGAGAGAGAGUACUGUUUACAACGCAGUGCAUGAGAGCAUGUAAUUGAUAUUUGUACAUAUUCUGUUUAACACGGUUGCCGGAUAGAAAUUAGGUUUAUCCAUUUAAUUCAACAACACCUUCCUAACUGUUUAUGUAUUUUAAUCGCUGUAGAUCCAGAAAGAUUAUUAUGAUUACACACUUUUCUCUACUUAAAAAUGAGCUGCAACUGAUUCAAACUGUCUUUGUAAGAAAAAAACAAUAAAUCAGACGUUAGUUUCAGUAUCAGACAUGUCUCCUAGAAAUUAUGUUUAUAUACUCGUAUAGGAAGCAACAUAUUGUUGACUAAUAACAUUCGUAAGUGGGAAGACAGUUUCGUGGUAUAUAAAUGUCAUUUCUAGGAGACAGGUAGCUGUAUGAAGACCCCGCCCUUUAACAAUCUGAAUUUCAGGUUUGUGUGUUGGACUAUCUGUCAUUUAUCUGUAUUAUUUAUUACUAUUAUAGUCGUGUGAUUGUGUUAGCUGUGAGAGUGUUUUCAACAUCAAAAUUUAGGAGAGAGAGAGAGAGAGAAAGUAAAUCCCUGGAAACGACGAGGCAGCGGUUUGAUAUCUUUAUUCUGUUGUAAAGAUUGUCUUUGAAAGCUUGUAGCUUUUUUUUUUUUUUUCCUCUAAGGAGUCAUGAUGAUGAAAACAAAAAGAGGAAGUCCUUCUCUUUUGGGCCUUGUUUCCUGGUAACAACCAGUUUUUUAGAAGUUAAGCAGUUCUACUUCUCCCAAAGCAGCAUUUACUGUAAGAGCGAGUGGAAACCAUUAAGAGCUUCUUAAAGCCCCUGAAGAGACGCUGAACACACUUUACAGUAACUUUAACUGUCUGUAAGCUUCGCAUUAUGGCUGCAACUGAUUAUUUUAAUAUUGAUUACUCUAUUUAUUGUUUUUAUGAUU